UGCAACACGUGUGUUGCUUAAACAGCUGAUUGGAAUCAAACGUUUGUUUGUUUGCUGCUUGGCAAUUGAAUACAUUUAAUAAAUAAAAUAAAAUGUCGGCCAACAAGCGCAAAAAUUUAAACAAUAUGGAAGUGGACGCAAAUAAUGACGAGUCGAGCUCCAGCGAUGAUGACGACGACGGCGAAGAUCAUCCGGACGCCUACAGAGGCAAUGAGGAGGUGCAAAUUGAAUUCGAGGGACGCGUGCCGGUGGAUCCAGAUGCACAGGGAAUCUCGCAGCUGCUGCAGCGUCUCUUUCUGCGCGCCCACAUCAACUGCAACCAAAUGGCGGACUUGCUCAUAGCUCAAAACUAUGUGGGCAGCGUGAUUUGCCAGUGCGAGGAUGACGGAGCCGAGAGCGAAACGGACGAUGAGAACAUGGUUGAGGAUGGCACCGUCUUUGGCAUCACCUCAGUGCUGAAUCUAUCCGCCAAGAAGGAGCAACCCAGCAUUGCACAGCUGCGCGCCCAUCUCCUGGAACGCGCCCAGUCCCAUGCCACGGAGCAAGUGCAGCAGCAGCUGCGUGAGCUCCUGGACAAUGAGCAGCGUCAUGUUGGCUUCCUAAUCAACGAGCGCUUUAUCAAUAUACCGGCACAGAUAUCCGUGCCGCUCUUGCAGAAUCUUCAGCAAGAAAUUGAAACAGCAAAAGCCAAGAAAAUGAAAUUCGACUUUGGAACAUUGCUGCUGUUGGUGAAGUUCUACCGCAAGGAGGCCAAAAAGGGCAAACCAGCAGAGGAUCACUAUACCAAUGCCGAGGAGGAGCUGCUGUCGGAGCGAGCUACAUUUAGUUUUGAGUACUCUGUUGCCUCGGAAUGUGACUCAGGCAUGGCCGGAGAUUGGCUUGAAGGUGACGCCGUUAUGACGCCGUACAGAAAACUCCUAGCUCUGGAGGCUAAGCAGUUGCCACAACUUAUUAAAGAUGUACAGAGCUAUAUAAAUGGUGAAUAAAUGUAAAAAUGAAGAAUUCUUA